GGUGACGUUUUCGUAAACGAAAGGGCAGAAAAAGUCCAUUUUCAACCAAAAUCGUCGUCGGAGGAAACUCGAUGCAAAAUCUGUCCUUACCAAAGUGAUUGCAAGUAAAACUCUUCCAACUAUGGAUUGCUUUUGACCCAAAGUACCAAUACAAAGCCGGAGUUCGAUUUAACAGUCCUACGGUGCCAGCGCAAAACAAACAUCCAUCAUGUCGACAAAAGUGCAACCCAGCAGCAAUCAACCGGCGAGACUUGUUCUAUCGUUGGUACAUCUGCUCUACAGCAUCCUUCAACAGUUGCUUCUGCUGUGCAGCUGGAUUCGAUGGAAGCUCAGCACCUAUCAGCGGAAGAUUUUCCUAAAUGAACCACAGAAUUCGACUCCAGUAGGAUGUCGGAACUCCACUCAACUGCGCUGCGAGAAUGAUGCAAUUGAGUACCACGUACGGGGAUUGGAAAAGAUACCUUCGCAUCUGGUUGUGAUACUGGGUCCGGAGGAACCGGAAUACAAACAGUUGGCCAAGUUCAUCUUCUGGUCCAUGGCGGCCGGUGUUGGACACGUAAGCUUCUACGAUCAUCGAGGAACAUUGAAGCAAAACCACCAUGAAAUGUUAAACUACGUUAGCCAGCAGCCUCGGGGCGAAAGCGAGCAGAUAGUAUGGACAACCCAGUUGAAAACGGCCAGUGGUUUGCUGCCCCCGCGGAAUGGCUACCGACGACGGGUAGUGGUUAGUUUCUUCUCUCCGGACGAUGGUAAACGCCAGCUGGCCGCGACCGCAAGGACAAUCAGCAAUCAAAUUCGGACCGGUUCCGUAUCCUCCCCAUCGGCCAUCACCGUCGAACUGGUCGAACAAAGACUGCAGAAUCAGUUCCAUCACAUCCCGGAUCCAGAGUUGGCCGUCUAUUUUGGCUCGAUUUGCUCCACCUAUGGGAUGCUUCCGUGGCAGAUUCGGCUGACGGAAUUCCUACCGCUGGAAGCGUCUAGUGUGGGAGAUGUGAAAGUUAGUCAUUUCCUUAGCUGUUUGUACAGAUUUGCCAAAUGCGAGCAGCGGUUCGGAAAGUGAUGGAACGUGCGUUCCAUGUACGCUUAUUGUUCUUUACGGUACUCACUUAUGUUUGACCUUCAUUGGUUACCGAAAGUAGAAGGGUUGUGUUGUGUGUAAAUAUUUCAUCCGGUUCACAACUGUUUAGAGGCGAAAAGAUCUUGGAUUUAAGUCGGUUUGUUUCCCAACUGACCGAAACAUAGAGCGACUGAACGAGGGUCUGGGUAAUCCGCUAGUGAUAUAUAAUUCGAUGAAGACACUCAAUGUAGGUUAAAUUUACCAUUACGACAUUUCCGAAUGCAUGUAUAAGUCAGGAACGAGGGUUCGCCAUACACGGCCGAUGGGACCAACUCAGAGAGACAGAGUCAUUUUAUUCGGAUAAACGAGAUAUUUCUAAAAACGCAGGUCACUCAGUAACAUACGUUUUUAGAAAAUUCUCUUUAAUCUGAGUAAAAGUGCCUCUCUUUCUGAGUUGAUCUCACCGGUCGUGUAUAAUUUAGCAUGAUGGAAAAGCCAUCGAAUUGCAGUUACAAAGACGUCAUGUUCAUGUAAU